GACAUGAUUAUGAAGCCAUCGGCCAUCUUUUAUGCUUCCUUCAUUCUCUUCAUCAUCACCACCGGCACUGCAUCCGCCACCCAAGUUGUAGUAAAAGAUGCUACUGGGAAAAAGGUCUUGAACAAUGUUCCCUACCACAUUGGUCCAGUCACCGCCGCCAACGGUGGCGGAUUCAAGUUAGCCAAAACCAUGAACAAUAAGAGCAUUUGCCCUUUCAACGUGGUGCAGGAUCCAUCUGCGGCUAACCUAGGUGACACGUUCACGUUCACUCUCAAUUACAAGCGGCCGAAAUAUCUCCACACAGAUGGUGUUGUUGGUAUCGAUUCGGGGUAUCCGAAGACAGGUCCAUGUCAGAAGUCGACGUUUUGGACGAUCCCUGACGCUGAGGCAAAGGCACCAGAUAACUUGGUAACAACUGGUGGCGGAUUCGAAGAGGAUAUUACAUGUUUUCAGCUUGUGGAGCAUCCUAAGCCAACGAACCCGAAAGUGCACAGCUACAUGAUUCAACAUUGUCCCUCGUUUUGUGGUUCAGGUCCUCAAACUUGCUUUAACGUAAGCAUUUACGUAGAUAAGGGGGUCAGACGUUUGGCUUCAAGGGGUACUCCUUUUGAGUUUGUGUUCUAUAAGGUGCCCAAGUAACUCAUGUUAUUUCCAUAAUAUAUUAAUCUGGAGCUCAAAAUAAGGAAUAUGCAUUAGUCCUUGUGGAUUUCAUUCCAGGGAGACUCAUUUCCAAUAAAACAAGCUAUGUUUGUACCCUUGUA